GCUUGCCGACGUCACACGAACUAGGAAGCAGUCGAAGUGGUCUGACGUUAAUGGUCUAAAUUUGUCGAUUCAUUUAAAAAGCAGUGCGGACAAAAAAAUAAAGAUUUCAAAGGAGACGAUAUUUUAAUCAAUGAGUGCGUUGUUACUGAAUGGCCACGUCGGAGUCUCGCUGCAAUGACACAGAUCCGGGGAAACGCCGCGUCGGCGAUCGCUUUGGCAAAGGGCGCAGUGACAUGAGGGAGGCGAGCACGCAAACAGAUGCCAAAGUGCGAGGUCACGGACCCAGACUUUCCAAAGUUAAUUUGUUCACGUUACUGAGUCUCUGGAUGGAACUUUUCCCCAGAAAGGAGAAAGAAGGUUUCCCAAAACAAACUGAAAGAUGGCAGGUCCGAAGCACAGGGCUGGUGGUGGUUCAGGAACGCAGUGUCACAGGUCUGCAUUGCUCUAGCGCGAACCUGCAUGCAGGUCAGAUCGCCGUGAUUAAGCAUGGGCCUAGACUCAGGGGUUGUGACCUCUACUUUUCUAGAAAGCCCUGCUCCACGUGCCUGAAGAUGAUCAUCAAUGCUGGAGUCCAUCAGAUAUCUUACUGGCCAGGCGACCCAGAGAUGAGCCUCCUGACAGGUUCUGGUGACAGCAACCACGACUGCAGGCUAGGGUGCAGGUCCCAGGAGGCCGUGCUGGACGCCAAGGCAGCGGAGAGGCUGAAGUCCAACAGCCGGCCACACAUCUGCGUCCUCCUCCAGGCGCUACCCAGUGGCAUGCAGCAGUUUGUGGAGGAAACCUCCAAAGACUCUGAAUUCCUGGGCAGGAUUGCUCGGGAUGAUCGUUGCCUGGAUGUGGGGGAGCUCUUUAGGGAGCAGCAGAAGCACAAUCUGGAUCAUUUCAACAGAGCGUUCUUUGUUCAAGACCAGUCAGAGCACCGUGGCAUCCUUAGCAAAAUGGGGCUGGAGAACUUCUGCAUAGAGCCCUAUUUCAGCAACCUGCGGCAGAACAUGAGGGACCUGAUUACAGUCCUGGCCUCUGUGGCGUCCAGCUUCCUGGAUCACGGCCAACGUUAUGGCUUCUAUGACAAUGGCCCUGCACAGCCUGGCAGGCCGCUGUCGCAGGAGGUGGCUAAACAUUGCAUCAUACAAGCCCAGCUGCUGGCAUUCAGAACUGAUGAUCCAAAAGUGGGGGUUGGUGCUGUUAUAUGGGCGGAAGGGAAAUCUGGGACCUGCGAUGGGACAGGGCGCAUGUACCUCGUGGGCUCUGGGUACAACGCCUACCCAGUGGGCUCAGAGUACGCCGAAUUCCCCCAGAUGGACGACAAGCAGCAGGACCGGCACAGCAGGAAGUACAGAUAUAUCAUCCACGCUGAGCAGAACGCACUGACUUUCAGGUGUGCGGAGCUCAGGGAGGACGAAAACACGACGAUCUUUGUCACGAAAUGCCCAUGUGACGAGUGUGUGCCUUUGAUUAAGGGGGCCGGCGUCAAGCAGAUAUACACUUCAGAUAUGGACAGUGGCAAAGACAAGCAUGACAUCUCAUACCUCCAGUUUGAGAAUCUCCAGGGAGUGCAGAAGUUUGUUUGGCAGAGGAAUUCGCAAGUUUGUCCAGGGCAGCUGAAUUCUUGUUUGUCCAAUGGCUGCAUGGGGAAACACAGCAGAGAGACACAGGGGAAUGACCCCCUGCCGAGUAAGAGGCAGUGUUUUUAAAUAUCAGCAAAAAAAUGACUUGAAGAACCUGGCAUAUUCCAACACUAAAGGUCUUUUUGGAUUCUAGUCCUCAGGAUAUUUGGGAUAUUUACUGAGUGUCGGAAUCGUGCUCAGGAAUUGUUUACAGCGCACGGUGAAGUGGACAGAAACCUCAAAGCAAGCAGGCAAACCUCUGAAACAAAGGGUUACACACUGAGUGCUUUGUACAAGGCAUGUGUUUAUAUUCAGCCAUGAAACA